CGGGAACAGCUGACCUGAAACGGAAAGGUCCCUGUCCGGGAAUCUCCGCGUUUCACCGGCGCGUUCGGGUCAUUAGACACCUGACAGGUGCUCGCACCCGCGGGGGAGCGCACGCGCGCCACCGCAACGGGCACAUUUGUGCAGCGAUGCUCAGGUUCAGGUGAAAGAAACACCUGUGGAAUCCGCCUUCACCUGCGGCACGUGACGUGGAGGUUCUGCCGUCUGGAUGACGCGCUUCUGUUCUGCAGUGGCGUUUGGGGCAGAAGCUGCACGCGGCCCUGAUGCCUCAGAGUUACCUGCACAGGUGACAGAGGUCCUCGUGUUUUUCCUCCCCAGCUCUGAGACGCUCCCACAAACCAGUUCCCCGCCUGCAGCUGCGCAGCCGGACGUUCCUCCGUCUCCAAGAGUGUGCGUCCUCAGACCCCCGAUGGCCCUCCUGCCCGGUUCAGUACAUCAGGCAUGACCGCCGCCCCCACACAGAGCUCCGCCCCUUAACCUUCCCCUGAUAGGAAGGCGAGGUUUGAUGUUCCUCUCGUCUGGUUUCUUGGUUUUUCCUUCUGGAGGAGCAGAAACUUCUGCCUUCAGACCACAUUUUUUAAUCCCGACUUGGUCCUGCACGGAUCGGAACACAUGGAUAAUCCCGACAGCCGCUUCAGACCCCCCCCCGAGGACGCCCAGUCUCUGGGUUUUGCAGAGUCCAUCAACUUUGAAGAGCAUCACUAUGCGAUGCUGCAAAAAGGUCUGGAGUCUGACGCCCAGAACUUGGAGGCGGAGUCCUGGAGCCUCACCGUGGACCAGAACGUUCUGGAGAGGCUGAGCAAGGAGGCCGUGAAGAGGCAGGACGUUAUCUAUGAGCUGAUCCAGACGGAGAUGAACCUGGUUCGCACGCUGAAAAUCAUCUUCCACGUCUACAUGCACGAGCUGAGGCAGGCGCUCCAGAUGGACGACCCCCACCUGGAGCGCCUCUUCCCCGCCGUGGAGUCUCUGCUCGGCCUCCACCAGCUCUUCCUCCUGUCCCUGAAGGAGCUCCAGAGCCGGAGUCUGCAGGAGGGACAGGCGGUCAUCAGCGUGGCGCAGCUGGCCAGCAUCCUCAUCUCCCAGUUUUCAGAUCUGGCGGGGGAACAUGUGAUUCACAGCUACAGCCACUUCUGCAGCCAUCAGUCUGAAGCUCUCAGCUUCUUCAAAGAGCAGAUGCAGGUCAACAGGAAGCUGCACAUCCUCGUCAAAAGAAUCGACCAGCUGCCCCUGGUGCGGCGGUUGGGACUCCCCGAGUGUUUUCUGCUGGUGGCCCAGCGCAUCACCAAGUAUCCCGUCCUGGUGGAGCGGAUCCUCCAGAACACCGGAGCCGACACGGAGGAGCACAGGAGCCUGCAGAAAGGUCUGGGGCUGAUCAAAGACGCCAUCUCCCAGGUGGACACCAACGUCUGCGAAUACAUGAAGACGGCCCGUCUGAGGGACAUCGGCCACCGUCUGGAGGGCCGGCCGCAGAGCCGACCCAAAGAGCCCUGCCCGUUCCGCAGGGAGGACCUGAUCCAGGGCAGCUGCUCGCUGCUCCACGAGGGGACGCUCACCUGGAAGUGGUCUGGGAAGCAGAAAGAAGUCCUGGCCGUGCUGCUGUCGGACAUGCUGCUCCUCCUGCAGGAGAAGGAGCAGAAGCUGGUGUUCGCCUCCAUGGAAAACCGAGUGCAGGUGAUUCCUCUGCAGAGGCUGAUAGUCAGGGAGGUGGCCAUGGAGGAGAAGGCCAUGUACCUGAUCUACGUCAGCGCCUCCGCCAUGCCGGAGAUGUACGAGCUCCACAGCAGCUCCAAGGACGAGUGUCUCCGCUGGAUGGCGCUCAUCAGACAAGCCGUGGACAGUCAGCAGGAGGAGGAGCUGUACAAGGAGCAGAUCAGACCAUUGCAGCAAUUCCAAGAUCAACUCCAGAAGUGGGACAGGCAGAUCGUGGAGUGUCUGACCGGGAAGCUGAAGGACUCUGCCGCGCUCUACGAGAACCUGGCGGCCCAGAAACCCCCCCACACGUCUCUGCUCCUGCACGGCGACACAAAGGAGGCCCUGCAGGGAGGGGGGCUCCUCAACGGAGCCAUUGAGGAAGUGGAGAACCUGCAGAACAUGCUCUUCAUGCAGUUGAUGGACCCGAACGUUCCUGCAGAGGGGGGGCUGCCGCGGAGCUCCAAGCAGCCCAGGGAGCUGAGGGGUAAAGGUGAAGAGGAGCCGGGCCGAUCCUCUAAGACCUCCUCUGAUGGUGGGCUUCUGUCCUCAGGUGAAGAUGCGGUCGACGUGGCGGAGGACCUUCACCUGGACCAUGGAGAGCAGCCGCUUCCUGCAGACGCGUCUGCAGAUCUGGAGGACCCUGCUGAGGCAGAGGUGGACGCUCCCCCAAAGCACAGGAGCGCCUCCAGCUCCGGUUUCGACUCCGGGACAGACAUGUGUGACGUCGUCAUGAAGCUGGUGAAGACGCUCUACAGCCUGAAGGCGGUCAUCGCCAAGCAGGACAGCAGGAUCGAGCUGCAGCAGGCCAUUCAGCUGAAGAUCAAGCAGCCCCGUCACCAUGGCAACCUGCUCCUGGAGAAGGAGCGGCAGAGGACCUUGGAGAAGCAGAAGGAGGACCUGGCCAGCUUGCACAAGCUGCAGGCUCAGCAUCGAGAGGAGCAGCAGCGAUGGGAGAAGGAGCGCGAGCGGCAGAUGAAGCGGGUGGAGGUCCUGGAGGCCCAGCUGCAGCAGAGGGAGGAGGAGUGCAAACGGCGGGAGGAGACGCUGAGCGAGGAGAAGAGCCAGCUGGAGAGGCAGAAGGAGGCGUACCAGCAGGACCUGGAGAGGCUGAGGGAGGCCACGCGCUCCGUGGAGAAGGAGCACCGGCGGCUGGGGCAGGAGAGGGAGCGUGUGGACAAACUGAGGCAGAAGUUGUCGAGGGGACAGCACAAUUAUGAGGAUGCGACUGCGGCGAGGAACCCGGUUCUGGGCUCUCAGCCCUCCGGUCUCUCCUCUCAUCCGUCGCUCGGCGUGAACGGAGGAGGGCCAAAGGCGACCCUUCGACCUGACGACACCCCCCCCAAGGUUCCUCAACGCAACGAGAGCAUGCGCAGCCGUCCCUCCAAGCAGCACAACCCCCCCUAUGCGAGCAAGACCACCAGCCAGGUGCAGAACCCCCCAGGGGUCCAGCAGAAGAUCCCCACCAAGCUGGCCACCAAAGGGAAGGAGAAGAGCUUCAAGGGGAAAAGAACCCACCAGAGAGCCCAGAGCGCAGCUUCCAUCGACGUCACUGAGGUCCUGCCCAUCCGAACGACGGGGAAGGAGGGAGGCAGCCUGAGAGCUCAGAGGAGCAACAGUCCCAGGAGGAACCUCAACCCAGACGCCUUCAGACCCUCCAGAUCUCCUCAGAACAGGAGGCGCAACAGCCCGGAAGCUCCUCCCCCCAGGCCCCCGCCCUUCCCCACAGAGAUCCUUGACAAAGGAGCAGAGAAGCUGCAAACAACUCUUUGAGCUGAAAUAAGCUCAGAGACGGAGAGGUGGGACGGACAGACAAACAUUUAUGUUGGAGGACGUCAUGGAAACGGCCGUUUCCGUCACAACGAGGCUUUUGUACUUUACACGACUAUUUAACACGAGAGCUUUUUUAUUCCAGAGACUUUUUGUAAAUAAUUUUAUUUUGAAAGUGUGUUUUUGUAAGCGCUCAUGGCUGGGACUCGGUUUUAAUGUCAUGAGGAGGAACGAAGGAUCGACGCUCAGGUUUAUUUCAGAAUCAGAAUGAAAUUCUUUGUGCAGAACAGAAAAUGUGUGCAGAAGUUUCAGUUUAAGGGAAACAUUUUUACAAACUUAGGAUUUCAUGUAAAGUAUUGACCAGACAGCAUUAAAAGAUGCUCCAACCUUC